AUGUUCCAGCGCAUCAUGAGCUGGCUCAAGCCCGGGGGCAAGCUCCUCAUCACGGACUAUGCGCGCUCCGACUCCGAGCCGACGCCCGCAUUUGCGGCCUACAUCGCCCAGCGCGGCUACGACCUGCGGCCCAUCAAGGCGUACGGCCGCCUGCUGGAGGAGGCCGGCUUUGUGGACGUGGUAGCAGAGGACAGGACAGAGCAGUUCAUCGACUGCCUGGACUCUGAGCUCUCGCGUGUCGAGGCCGACAAGGCCGCGUUUGUCGAGCGCUUCGGGGAGCCCGGCUACUCGGCCGUCGUGGACGGCUGGAACGACAAGCUGGCCCGGGCGCGCGCGGGCGAGCAGCGUUGGGGCCUGUUCGUCGCCACCAAGCCGCUGCAGUAG